UAAGGUAACACUUUGAGAGAUUGAGAUGUUUUUAUUUUCUGUCUUUUGGCCAACUGUUAAUUCACUUGGUGUUUCAUUGGUAUUUUCGGCAAGUGUAGCGGUCACAAUUCGGAGCGACUUUUAAUCAGUGACCAUGUCCUCAGACCUUCGUCACCGACCUGUGAAAGAUCAAAGUGAAGAUGAUGAUGAUGAGAAAAUGACUGACAAGAAGCUUCUUGACAGGCAGAGUUCUCUCGAUGGCGUUGACUCGGAAGAAGAGAAAAUAGUUGAAGAACUAUUAAAAAAGGAUGAUUAUCUCAAAUCAUUGUCUCAGCCACAGGAUAAAACUAAUCCAAUCAUAGAAACAUGUUUGGCUUAUUUUCCAUCAAAAUUUCGAAAUUCAAUUGUCCGAUCAAUAUUCACAAUCUUUAUGGUCGCUGGAUUUGGUUUACUAAUUUAUGCUGGACCUUUGGCUCUCAUUUUAAUUACAUUAAUUGUUCAAGUUAAAUGCUUUCAAGAAAUUAUCUCUGUUGGCUAUGCUGUUUAUCGAGUACAUGGAUUACCCUGGUUCAGAUCUCUCUCUUGGUACUUUCUCUUGACAUCCAAUUAUUUCCUAUUUGGACCCAGUUUUAUCCAUUAUUUUGCUGUUCUCUUGCAACGGCCUAAUUUCAUGGCCAUACUAGUCACUUACCAUAAAUUUAUCUCAUUUUGUUUAUACAUCACUGGAUUCGUUUGGUUUGUUUUGAGUCUCAAAAAGCGUUAUUAUAUGCGACAAUUUUCAUUGUUUGCUUGGACUCAUGUUACUCUUUUAAUCGUAGUUACUCAAUCAUAUUUCAUUAUAUCCAAUAUGUUUGAAGGAUUGAUAUGGUUCAUCGUGCCCGUUUCCAUGAUCAUAUGUAACGAUGUUAUGGCCUAUUUAUUUGGUUUCUUCUUUGGCCGUACACCUUUGAUUAAGCUCUCGCCCAAGAAAACAUGGGAAGGAUUCAUCGGUGGUGGUAUAGCAACUGUCAUUCUCGGUCUACUGUUCUCUCAUUUUAUGUGCCAAUUUGAAUACUUUGUCUGUCCCAUCAGAUAUUCCGAAGAUCUUGAGAAAACCGUGAUGACCUGUAAUCCAUCGCCAUUGUUUCAGCUUAGCGAAUACGAGUUACCACGAAAUUUCAGUGUUCUUCUCAGACUGUUACAUAUUCCUCGAACUAUAAAACUUUAUCCAUUCGUGUUGCAUUCGUUUUCUUUGUCUUUGUUCAGCUCAAUCAUCGGACCUUUCGGCGGUUUCUUUGCCAGUGGAUUCAAACGAGCUUUCAAAAUCAAAGACUUUGGCGAUGUGAUUCCAGGUCACGGCGGAAUCAUGGAUCGAUUCGAUUGCCAAUUCUUAAUGGCCACUUUCGUUAAUGUUUACAUUUCUAGUUUCAUUGCUGCUCCAAAUCUACAAUCAGUUAUCUUGCAAGUUAAUUCCCUCGAACCCGAACAUCAGAUCGAGCUUUAUAAUAUCCUGAGAGAAUCUUUGACCUCUAGAGGUUUCAUCUUGUAAUGAUUGUCCUUUUGUCGACUUCUCUCUUUCGCCAUUUCUCAUCAUUUCUGCUCCCUUUUUCAUGCGGCUUUCACCUUUAUUUCAAAAUUCUGAAAUUAACCAACACCAAUUUUAUUCAGAUUUAAUUAUCUGUACGAUGAUUAAAUCCACCAGCAACAUUACCACAAGUCACCAGCAUCAUCAUGAAAACCAUUCGCUCAUCUAUCAUCUUUAAUCUCUUUCCUUCUCAUCAAUUAUCUACCAAUCAAUCAGGUCACUUUCAGCAAUUAAAGUUGAUUCAAUUCCAAGCCAAUCUUCAUGGAUUCUAAGAUUAUCUCCAUUAUCUUCGUCUUCACAAAUCGUCAUUUACAUUAUCGACCACACUGAAUAAUCUUGAUUGUUAUCCCGAAUCAUGUAACAAUCAGUUUAAUCAUCGUAAAUAAUUGAUUCAUUUCAAGAAAAGUUCAAACAAUCAAUUGGAAACUCUCAGUUGGACUCGAAAAAUUUCUCACGAAUUCUACCAAGUCAACUAGCGGAAUCAACGGAAUUGACAUUUCGUUCUUAUAUUUUCUUUUCUUUAAAUUGUUUUUUUCGAUUUAUUAACUUUUAUUUUUUUGUACAAAACUCGAUUUUCUUUUCGCUUGCGAUUCCAGAGACUCAGAAAACAAAAUAUUCAAUUGGAAAAUUUGAACAAUCAAAUAGACGAAAAGUCAAAAUUUCAAUCAUUAUCAAUCCAAUUACUUCAUCAACAUAAUUCCAAAGGUCAAACAAUAAAACGAUUUCUUCAAAAAUGAA